CCGCGCGUCGGAAGUGUGUGCGUUCACAGCAUCAACACACGUGAGUCCUUCAAACCGCUGUUCUUCAGACACAGCUCGAUUUAGAGACAUUCGUCUUGUUUAUUGGUCAGACAUUAGGAUUCAGAUGCUCCGCUCCUCGUAGCCGCGCGUUAUAUUGUUUAUGUAUUAUGCUGGCGCGCCUCCGCCGCUCUUUAUCAGUGUUUCUGAUGGACGCACACACUUCAGGCAGGAGCAAAACACUCAAAGAGACCCGGAGACCCCUGAAAACCCGGGACAACCGGCGACAGGCCGACAACCACGGUCCCGCCAACGUAUAUGUGCAGGUGGUCGGCGCGGGAAGCAGAGAUAAUGGCGCAUCUCUGUAUGUCUUCUCCGAGUUUAACAGGUAUCUGUUUAACUGUGGUGAAGGAACGCAGAGACUCAUGCAGGAGCACAAGCUAAAAAUUGCACGCUUGGACAACAUCUUCCUCACCCGCAUGAGCUGGGACACGGUUGGCGGUUUAUCAGGCAUGAUUUUGACUCUCAAAGACACAGGAGUGCAUCAGUGUGUGCUGUCUGGACCUCCACAACUGGACAGGUUUUUAAAAGCCAUUAAAGUGUUUUCAGGACAGCUGGAAGACAUUAAACUAGCUGUCAGGCCUUACACUGAGCCUCAGUAUAAAGACGAAACCAUGACCGUCAGCCAGAUUCCUCUCUUCUCCGAUCGGAAAGCUGAGUCUGGCAGGUGUUCUCCACGCAGCUUCAGUCCUCACAGCAGUCAGCAGGGGGUGCUCAGGAUACUGGAGGAUCAGGAGGAGAAUCAAAGCAUCCACACCAGGAGAAGAUCAACCAGUCCAGAGGGUAAAGAAGUUACUAGAGAUCCGUCUCUUGUGGUGGCUUAUGUGUGUAAGUUACACUCCAGGACAGGAAACUUCCUGGUGAUGAAAGCAAAAGAGAUGGGCCUGCCGGUAGGAACAGCAGCCAUCGGGCCCAUAAUCAAAGCUCUGAAAUCUGGGAAGACUGUGACACAUGAAGGAAAAGAGAUCCGGCCAGAGGAGCUCUGCACACCUGCUGAUCCCGGACCAGUCUUUAUAGUCGUCGACUGUCCGUCAGAGGACUUCAUAAAGCCGCUCUGCUCCAAUCCCAUCUUGAAAAGGUUUCAGAGUGGCGGAUCUGAGGACUCUGCUGCUCUCGUGGUGCACAUGACUCCUGAAGCGGUGCUUAACACACAGGAGUACAAGAGCUGGAUGGAGAGGUUUCCCAGCAGCACUGAGCACCUGCUGAUGAAUGAGCAGACGUUCACUCCACACAACGCACGCAGUCACAAACUCCAGACGCAGCUCAACCUCAUCCAUCCACACAUCUUCCCUCAGCUCAAACUCUACAGGACUAAAGAUCCACCGGCUUCUCUGCAUGUUCCUAAUGUCAGAGCCGAGUGUCUGCUCAAGUUUCAGCUUCGGCCCAAACUGGAGUGGCAGAGAGACGCCAUCCCAUCCUGCGACUCUGAGGAGUUUGUGAAGGAAGCCGCUAAAGUGCCAAACUUUUUAGCGGAGGUUGAGGAGUGCAGGAAGUUCCAGGCGGCUGCAUCCGUCUCCACGUCUGGUGAGAAGUUUCCAGAAAUCGUGUUUUUGGGCACCGGCUCAUCUUUGCCUAUGAAGAUCAGAAACGUCAGUGGAACUUUAGUGAACAUCAGCUCGUCUCAGUCUCUGCUGUUGGAUUGUGGGGAGGGAACGUUCUCUCAGAUGUGCCGACAUUACGGAGACGAUGUGGACGAGAUGCUCUCCAAACUCUCCACCAUCUUUGUGUCGCAUCUUCACGCAGAUCAUCACACGGGUUUGAUUCAGUUAUUAUUGGAGCGAGAGCGAGCACUGAAUAGUCUAGGUAAAGCUUUGAGUCCGGUGUACCUGAUCGCUCCGAUCCAGAUCAUGUCUUGGUUAAACCAGUAUCACGACCACUGCCAGCAGAUCCUCAGCCAGAUCAAUAUAAUCCCAUCAAGGCUUCUGUGUGAUGGCACUGAGAGCCCCAAAGUCAAGACCAAGUCCUUCAUUCAGGCAGUGCUGAAGAAAAAUGAACUGUCCAAGUUUCAGACGUGUUUCGCUCGUCACUGUAAGAAUGCAUUUGCCUGCAGUUUAACACAUGAGUCUGGCUGGAAACUGGUGUUUUCUGGAGACACCAUGCCUUGUGAUGCCCUUGUUGAUAUAGGCAAAAACGCAACUCUUUUGAUUCAUGAAGCCACGCUGGAGGACGGGAUGGAGGACGAGGCCUUCGAGAAGAGACACAGCACCACGUCUCAGGCUAUCGGCAUCGGGAUGAAGAUGAAUGCUGGAUUCAUUGUUCUGAACCACUUCAGUCAGCGCUACGCCAAGAUCCCUCUUUUCAGCGACGACUUCGAUAACAAAGUUGGCAUCUCCUUUGACCACAUGAGGAUCCAGUUUGGUGAUUUCCCAAUGCUUCCUCGGCUCAUUCGGCCUCUGAAGGCGUUGUUUGCAGAGGAGAUUGAAGAGAUGGAGGAGAGGAGAGAAAAAAGAGAGCUGAAGAAGAGCUUCGAGCCGCCGGCCAAUGGAGAGUCUGGAAAGAGCAAAGCUGCAAAGAGAGAACAAGAAGACCAUAAUCAGGAGAAUGCCAACAAACGACUUAAAGCUAAUUGAGGAGAAGCCAAUCAGGAUGAGGGCUUGAGCAAUCAGAACGCAGGAUGGAGGAUGCUGAACCAAUGGGGUGUCUUCUUAAGAUAUAUCAAAUCCAUAUUGGGUAAAAGUCUGCAGUGUUCGACUGGAGGAGGUGAGAUUAAAGCAGAUGGAGAUUAAUUUUGAGUUUGAAGCGUGAUGUUAAAUAUGUAGUUUAUCGAUCAGAUCUGGAGUUGUUCCCAUUGCUAUCGAUUCUGCUUCAACCCGGGAGGCUGCUGGGAAAAGUGUGCUUUCUUUUACUUUUUGUGUGGAGUCUGUUUUAAUUUCUGCCUUCCAGCCUCUGUAGUCCUGAAGCAGAAACUUUUCGGCUCUGGAGGAAGACGCUACGUUUGGGAUUUUGGUUUGAGAGAGUGAAGUGAGUGCAGUGAUGUUUGAAAAGGCACUUGUAGAUUUUCUGUAUUUAAUAUUUAAUUUUAUGUCCAUGAAGUGGCUGAUCGGCUUAGGUUUUUCUAAUUAUUUUAGGGAAAUAAACACUUGCUGGAUAA